AUGAAUAGAGUAGAGGAUCCACGAUGUGAAGGGCAUAGCGUGCUUUUCCUUAUACGUGCAGCAGUCCUUACAGGUAGUGGAAGUCCUCGUCAUGUUGGAAAAUUAUCUUGUACUGACAUUAUAUCACGUUGGUUUGAAAUGGGACUGACAUGGCAUAAAGUUUGGAAUUAA